AUGGCGCCGGAGAGACCCACGGGCGGGAGGCGGAACGAUCCCCGGUUCGCGGUGACGUCCAGCGCGCGGCCGGAGGGGUUCGCGCAGUCCGCAACGCUCGUGGCGAGGCCGUCCGCGGCGAGGGUUCGCUCCCGGGGCGCCUCCAACGACGCCGCGCGGGCGCACGGGCGGGGCGAGACCUUCGAGCUGCCCGGCUCGUCCAUGUCCCGCUCCGGCCCCGUAGGGACCGCGUCCGCGGCGGCCAAGGGAGGAUCGUCGACGCUCGGCGAGGCGACCGCGAAGCUCAGGUCCGCGACCGCCGCGUCGCUCGCGCGGCGAAGCGGGGCGAAGAUCGUCCCGGGCGGCGGGAGGUUCUACGGGACGGACGACGCGACGAACGGGGGAGCAUCGUCGUCCAAAAAAACUGGCUUCGGGGGCUCGUCGUCGCCCUCGUCCCGCGCGGGCCCCGCCUCGACGCCCUCCUCCGGACGUACCAGCGAGUCCCCAAAACCCUCUCAAACCCCUUCCGCCGAUCGAGGCCGACCCCCGCCCGGAUGCGUCGUCGUCCACGUCCUCGACGAGGCGAGGAACGAGCGGCGCGACUUCACCUGCGACUUGAAAACGCUGCUCGGACAGAUGCGAUACUUCAAGCAGCACCUCGCCGCCGACGUGGAGACCCGGCCGGAGGCGUCCGCGGAGCUGAGCGUCCACUGCGACAUACCCACGUUCGAGUGGCUCGUGGAUCACGUGGAAGGUCGGGACCCGCGCGUCACGAAUCGGAACUGCGUGGCGCUGAUGAUAUCCAGCGACUUUCUGCGCAUGGCGUCGCUGACGGACAAAUGCGCCGACUACGUCGCGGCGAACGCGCACCAGGUCUGCGCGCUCGGGGCGGACCUGGCGAACCUUCCGCGCGGUUUGCUGGAGAAGAUCGGUCAACGGAUGAGCGACGAGUCUCUGGAGUCGCUGCUGGCGACGAGCGACGAAGACGGCGUCCACGCGGCGCCUUCCGGAGGGCAUCCGGAGGUUCGCGAGAGACCGAACGACUCGACCGACUCAAAACGCGCGCUCGCGGCGACGCUUUACCGCGUCAAGACCGAGGCGCUGAUCGCGUCGAGGCGCGCGGACGCCGGGGUGACGAUCGCCCGAUGCGCCGCGUGCGGCUUGCUGUUCAGCGAGAAACACCGCUUCGGCUUACGAUGCCCCAGGGCGAGGCGUCACGUGGACUAUCACGGCGACGUCAUCGCGCGACACGCGCCGAUGAAAGACUUUGACGUGCACGCGCACAUUGAGCGCCUCAUCACGGCCCGCGGGCACGCGUGGAGGGACGUGUACUGGCACGUGUGGGGCGUCACGCACGUCAUCGACAGGUGCGGUCGGUGCGGCGCCGUCGUUCCCGCGUCUGAGCUGACGCAGUGCGAGUACCACCCGAGGCCGGCGACGUUUGACGACGACGCCGAUCCCUCGGUGGGUACGUUCGCGUGCUGCGGGUCGCGAGCGCCUCGAUUCGAUCCCACGGGGGGGAUAUCCGCCGGCGGGUGCGAGGGACGCGACCACGUGUUCCCCACGCUGGACACCGACGAGCCGAGGUUUUUGGAAGGGCGGCGGGCGCUGGAGACGGCGCGGCGGCGGCGGGGUUUGGCGUGCGAGCCGUUUUCGGCACGUCCCGCCGCGACCGCGCCGCCGCGCCCGGUCGACGACGACGGCGACGACCAAUCGGAGAUGGACGCGUGGCGCGCCACGCGUCCCGCGAACGACCUCGCGGACAACGGGAUACACGCGUUCGGCGAUCAUCACUCCCCGGGGGGCGUCGACGUGACGUGGGAGGCGGCCGCCGCCAUUGACGAGGGAACCGACAAGGGCGAAACGGAAAAGGCGGAGUCCGGAAGGAGCGACACCGACUCGGACCGGGAGAUUCUGCCCUUCGACCACGACUACGACACGGAGGCGGAGAUGGAGGGUCGGCGGGAGCGGUGGGGUUAUAAUCCCGCGUACGUACCGAUGCCCGGCCAAGAGAAACCUCCGAAGGGGACUCCAGCAGAGAGGAAUCCUCCAGCAGAGAAACCGACGAAACAACAGACGAACGCGUCGACGCGAGGGACGCGAACAAAGUCGGACGACUCCGAUUCCUCCCGCCUCGACUCGGACCUCUCCGACGACUCCGACUCCGACUCGUUGGACGGAUCGAGACGCAAAGCGUCGGACAACAAAGUGUCGUACAAAGCGCCAGUCGGACAAAGGUACAAGCGCGGGACGCUCGAAGCCGCGCGGCUCGGGACCAACGCGGACGAACGCGCGGCUUCGCGUAGGAACGCGAGGCGUAACGCUCACCGGAAGAAGCCGUCCCCGGUUGGACGUCCAGGAAGCUCGCCCGCGCCGCCGCCGAUCGAGUCGCACCGAGCGGAGCUCGUGUACGGCCUGCCCCGCGCCACGUACGAGUCGCUCCCGAAGGGGUACCAGCGGGGGGUACGGACGGAGUGGAGGGACGAGGAGGAGGCGCGGAGGGUGGCGAAGAUCAAGGUUCGCAUGGCGCGACGCGCGGCGAAGCGGGUCGGGGUGAGCGGUCCCACGCAAGUGAGCGGUCCCACGCAAGUGAGUGGUUUCCAGCAAGUGAGUGGUUUCCAGCCGCGGUCGGUUCGGGAAGCCGCGGAGCGGUUCGGUCUCGACGUGGGUCUGGGCGCCAAGCCCGACCGAGCGUCGUGGCUCGCGCUCGCGGACAUGGGGCUCCUGGACCUCCGCGCGAUGAAGAUCGCGGCGGAGAGGGACGAGGAGGAACGGGAGAAGAGGGGGGACGGGUCCGUCGCUCGCGGGGGCGGCGGCGGUGGGCGGAAGCGGGGUGGGGGUGGGGCGGCGGUGGGCGCCGGGCCCGCGUCGUCGGGGGGGCGCUGGGUCGGGUGA